UUUCAAUAACAUUCUUCGAAAAAGAAGAAGAAGAAUGCGUCACUUCCGGUUGAUGUAGGAUUCUCAUAAUAUCAAGCUAGAGCUGCGACUGGAAGCUAACGUGACAUCUAUUGUGGGUGUAUUUUUCACAACACACACAGAGGAAAACAUGUCAGACACGGAGACAAAACCAUCCAGCCAAGACGGAGGGGACAAGAAGGAUGGAGAGUACAUCAAAUUAAAAGUGAUUGGUCAGGACAGCAGUGAAAUCCACUUUAAGGUGAAAAUGACGACACAUCUGAAGAAGCUGAAGGAGUCUUACAGCCAGAGACAGGGCGUUCCAGCGAGCACGCUAAGGUUUCUGUUUGAAGGACAGAGAAUCGCAGACAACCAAACUCCAAAAGAGCUGGGGAUGGAGGACGAGGACGUCAUCGAGGUUUAUCAAGAACAGACCGGCGGACUUUGGAAUGAUUAAACAUCCAGAAUUUCUAAUUCUUUUUAUUUUUUUCCUUAUUUUGUAUUUUAUUUUGUUUGUAUGUACCUAUUUUUGUUCUGUUUCAAACCAUCUGGAUCAAAACCAACUCUAUCAGGGCUUCCAUGUGUGAGGGGUAGGAAGGUGAACAGACGGAGGUAAGAAAAGGACAAGCGGGUCUCUGGGACUUUGUUUCCAUGUGGGUGAUGUGAUCACAAGUGGACAACUCUAAGCAGAGGUGUGAGCAUUGGGAUCCCAUCGCUCAGACUACAUUUGGAGGUUGUCUGGGCUGCAUAUGGCCACUUUCUUUGAACAGUGUGUAUGUGAAUGUGUUGUGGUCCUCACUGGAGGACCUCGUCUGCAUAAGCGGAAUUACAUAUUAAUUUGUGCAUCGCGGCGUCCUAUUAAAGUGCCAAAAAACACAAAGAAGCCACAACGACAGGCAAAAUUGAUUCUCAUGGAUGAAUUGCACACGAAACAUUCACUUUACAAGAGCAACAGAAGUGAUGUUCGUGUUUAGCUGCAUGGAGCAGGAAGCGGCCACUUGAGGUGCGUGUGGUGACGGCAGGUGUGAACUGAUGGACUUAGAGCUGUCGACUUGUGUCCACGCGUUGAUGCCAGGUGUGAACAAGGCCACGUUGAAGGAGUGCAGGGAUGUUCAUGUUGUUGACCCGAGCUGUUUGGUUUUUGUCUUGUGUUUUUGGGGUGUUAGGAGAAGCAAAUAAUGUAGUCAAGGAACAAUUUCCAUUAAAGGAAUAGUUCACCCAAAAAGGAAGAUGUCAUAAGACCAGCAAAGCUUUUAGGUCCAAAAGGUUUAAUAUUUACUCAUUUAGAUUUUUCAUAAUAACUCUGCACAAUGUUUUGGAAAAUAUUACUAAUCAAUUUUUAACAGCUGAACUCAGAUUUCACAUUUUCCAAGUUUGAUUAUAAAAAUAGUUCCAGAUUAUUUUUUGUAAUUAUUUUGACGGAAAAAGCAACCAAUCAUUGCAGCUCUAAUGGCCUCAAAGUUUGAGCAGAUAAUGUCAGAAAUGGAUUUUUGGAUGCACUGUUCCUUUAAAUCACUCAGUGACACUCAGUGAUUGAAAACAUUCAUCAUCAGGCAUUUGUACAGAAACAAGUUGCUACCUGUUAGUCUUUUGUUCUUUUUUUAAGGAAACAUGACGGAGGAGUUUGGCACACCAAGUUAGACGUCCGUUCAUUCCACAUGUCUUCUGUGUAACAUUCAGGGCAUUUAGCAGAUGUUCUCACCAGAGACGGCUUCGCUUUGACACAGUGCGGCGUGCUCAUAAACAGCUGGAUGUGACGCCACACGCCGUGAAGAGCACUUCUGUCAGCUUUUGUUUCUGGAAAUUGUAGUCAUUUGGUGUGUCAUGAACUGCACCCUCAUGAAAAUGUAAAACUAUGACAAUAAUUGACCUGACACGGUAAUAUUUGAGGUUGUAAACACAUUUUUAAAUGAUAAUCGUGCUUUACUUGUAUAUGUUGUAUUCAGUAUUAGAGUGUGUUUGAAUGAUA